UAGGGUUAAGUGGUGACGUGAAACUAAAACAACAAGGGUGAUGAAUAGGCUAUGGGCUAUUUAUUGCCUAAUGUAAAUGAUAAGAUUAUGAAACCAGCCAUGAUGAGUGGCUACACUUGUUGCGGUCAUGUGACGAAGCAUUAACCGGUCAAAUGGAGAGUGAGCGCGCCCUGCAUUCUAUGUGACGUUAAACUGCUGUACAAUCACCUCAGUUUUGGAUCCGUGCGUGUCUAGGUUACUCAGCCUAAAUCACAACUAGUCUCUAGUCACAACUGUUUUAAACGAUGGCUGAAUGUUUUGGGAACGACAUAUAUAUAUAUAUAUUCUACAAUUGGGUUAAGUCUUAGAAUAAAGAAAACAUGUUACAUUUCGUCUUGCAAGAUGUCUCAAACAACACGGAGCAAAACACAACGACGCCUGAGGACUGGACUGUUGUGUACUUUGCAGUCAGGUGGAUCCAGAUGACUAUGGCAGUGCUGAGCAUUGUCGGUUCAGGUUCCAUAAUUUUUUAUGCAACUUUCCAACACCUUAUAAGGACACCUGAGAUCCAGCCAUUGUUCUUACUGAGUGUGACAGACUUGCUGCUGGCAGUCAGCUGGCUGGUAGGAGCAGUACUGUUCACCCAGGACUGUGAUAGCCAUGCCACCUGCUACAACCUACACAUCGUUGAACAGAUCCUGUAUAUGACCUCGUUCUUCUACACAUUGAACUAUGUAUGGACCCUGUACUCUGGGCUAAAUAACAGAUUCUACAGUAGCCUUCAUGGAUACCCAGCCCAAUGCGCCACCAAACUGGGAAGUUUCAGCAAGAUUGCUGCAGUCCUGUCAUGUGUCCUCCCCGUGCUGCUGAUGCUGCCAGUGUUUGUAACAGGAAACAUGGACCACUGUUACACAAACUUCAGCCAGCCUUACAAGUGCCUUCUAAUGCACACGGAGGCACUCUUCAUGUCCACUGACUUGAGCAAGAUGGAGGUGGACUCAGCUUGCCGCCUGGGACACAUGUACAGUAUUGCUGUCUUCCUGGCAGUGUUCCUCCUCACCUUUGUUGGCAUUGUGGUGCUCAUGGGAAAAGCCCGCACUGUUUACAGACGUUGUGUGAGUUCUAGCGGUUUCCUCGGCGACAGGCAGUGGGCGUCGCUUCGUGUUCUGGACCGACACAUGCUCCUCUACCCCUCUGUCUUCUUCUUCUGUUGGGGCCCAGUGUUCCUGGCAGCCAUGAUUCUGUACAACUCCAAAUCAGUGGAGGGAGUUGUGGGCGUCAUUCUCUACAUCUUACAGGCCUUCACCUCAUCCUCUCAAGGCCUUCUGAACUGUGUGGUGUACGGCUGGACACAGACACACUUCCGCUCAGCUAGCAAAGAUGCUCUAAGGGACAUGGACACCCAGACGCCACUUCUGAGAUCUCAGAAGAAAGGCUAUAAAACUCUAUGGUCAACACCAUCCCCCAAACCAGAUGAUAUAGAAUGAUCUGGUAUUCUACCGACACCACAUUAAUUUACUAUGGUGGUUGUGACACUGGCAAAAUAAAUUAAACAAAGCCUUUUGUGCCAGACUGGGAGUGACGGUUUGGUUUUGAAUCUUGGGGACAGUACCUUGGGAAGCACCUGUUAUACCAAUGAAGCAAAAACACCCUCAGCUGUACACAAGGGACAGCAGGGUCCAACCAGACAGAGGCUGAACUGCUGAGGCGUAAAAAAGGGAAGAACCAGGGAAUUUACAAGGAGAGGAAGAGCAGCUCUGAAACAGGAUCUGAGAGCUCUGUACUUUCAUAGGAAUCAGAGUCACUCCCUCCCUCACUUGUUCUGACUGCAUCGCUCGUGCAAACAUUGUCUCUACAUUAGUGUUUAGAAUUUCCCACAGUAGUUGGGGACAGCCGAGGAUAUUUGUGAAAGGCUUUGUAACUGACUGGCAUGUCUUUGAUUUAGAGGGGCCCUGAUUGAGCCCAACCGUGUGGAAACAGUGAGCAGCCUGUCACUUUUCAUCUUGAUGGAACAAAGGCCCUCCAUUCACAGAGAUGCUGCUUGACGUACCAGUUUGGCCCGUGGUGUUGUGUGAUGGUCGUAGAUACGCAAGUGUGUGCAAUGUUUAGUUUUCGCCCUACAUGGACUUGGUCACAGAAAUGUGACUGUAGGUUUAUGCUCACUCCUUGGAGUUCAAUUCUAAACGUUUAUCAAAGGGGACAAUUAUUGCCUUGUAUGAGGCAUGAGAGCAGGAUAAAUACAUCACCACAACAUACAAUUAAUUUUUUUCUGAAAUGCAAAUGAAACUGAAUGAAAAGAAUGUGAAUUUCCGGUCUGUCAAUGCAUUGGACUUUAUUUCUGUUUAACUCCAUCAAUAUGAAAUGGCCAUUGCAGCUCAAAUAUAGUAAGUGCUGCAGCCUCAUCAAAACAAUAAAAUAUUGUUUCACUCCCACAUCCGACCAGCUGCAUCAUGGCAGUUAUCAAAGAUGAGGCUGUAGUCAGUGCCUCCAGCUUUGACGAAGUCAGAGACCGUCUUACUCCCUUUAAAGUUUUUGGUUUCAACUUUCUGCAAAAAGUUUUAAAAAACAAUG